AUGGCCAUGCUCCGCACACGCUUGCCGGCGAAGCUCCAGGCCGGCGAACUCGAGGCCCCGAGCUACCUUGUGCCGGUCCGUCCCGCCGUAGAGGCCGUGUGGAGGGAGGAGGCCGCCCUCCGUCCCGCACGUCUAGAGGGAGAGGGGCGCGCCUCCAUGGCCACCAAGGAGCCGGCCUGCCAUGGCCCUGCUUUGCUGGAUCCGGACGCCGUCGUCGGAGCUUGGCAGGGAGGCGGCGCAGGGGAGGGGAAAGGAGGCGGGCCGCGCGCGCAGGGGAGGAAGGACGGCCGAGGCCGCCUCGCCACAGGGCGCCACAGCACCGGAGGCCCGCCGCGCCGCCGCGGGCUGCCUCCGAGAGGGGCACCGGCGGGGAUUCGACAGAGCAGGGAGAGAGGCAAUGCCGGGGAUUCUGCCACGCCGGCGUCCGCAGCGAGCCACGGCCAGCUCGGCCCUGGUCCCGCGUGGGCAUCCGCAUCUAACCGUCUGCGAGGGAGAUGA